GGGUCCCCUCCCCUUCCCUCCACCCCCCUCACCAGGAAGCGGAUACCGGCUGAUCGCAGCCUCUCGGAGUCUGGCUCGCUGCAUUGUACCGUGAAAGCUGGGAGGGGGGAUCCUGAAGCACCAGCCCGGUUCUCCCCCUUGGCGAAAACGCACACCUUAUAAAAUAUUCGCGUAUUUAAACGAUUUCUCAGAUAAGCUCUGCUUAUCGCGCUAUUUAUUUAUGACCGUCUCUUUUUAACACUACAGGAGGGCAGAAAUGGCGGCCAACAUGUACCGGGUCGGAGAUUACGUCUUCUUCGAGAAUUCCUCCAGUAACCCAUACCUGAUCCGGCGGAUAGAGGAGCUGAAUAAGACGGCCAGUGGGAACGUCGAGGCGAAGGUGGUCUGCUUCUACAGGCGGAGGGACAUCUCACACAGCCUGAUCCAGCUGGCAGACAAGCAUGCAAAGGACCUGGAGGAAGAGAAGGCGAGCUCGAGUGACCCGGAGCUCAGUGACAAGCAGAAGCACCAGCUACGUCACCGCGAGCUCUUCCUGUCACGGCAGUACGAGUCGCUGCCAGCGACUCACAUCAGGGGGAAGUGCAGUGUGGCUCUCCUGAAUGAGACUGAAUCUGUGCUCUCCUACUUGGACAGGGAGGACUCAUUCUUCUACUCACUGGUAUACGACCCUACGCAGAAAACCCUGCUGGCCGACAAGGGUGAGAUCCGUGUGGGGCCUCGCUUCCAGGCCGACGUGCCCGACAUGCUGCAGGACGGCGAGCCAGACGACCGGGAUCAGUCCAAACUGGAGGUGAAAAUGUGGGACCCCCAGUGCCCGCUGACCAACAAGCAGAUCGACCAGUUCCUGGUUGUUGCUCGUGCGGUGGGCACCUUUGCCCGUGCCCUGGACUGCAGCAGCUCUGUCCGGCAGCCCAGCCUGCACAUGAGUGCCGCUGCCGCCUCCCGCGACAUCACCCUGUUCCACGCCAUGGACACGCUACACCGGCACGGCUACAGCCUGUCUGGGGCCAUCAGCGUGUUGGUGCCGCAGGGCGGCCCUGUGCUCUGCCGCGAUGAGAUGGAGGAAUGGAGCGCUUCGGAGGCUGGCCUCUUCGAGGAGGCGCUCGAGAAGUACGGCAAGGACUUCAGUGACAUCCGGCAGGACUUUCUGCCCUGGAAGUCGCUGACCAGCAUCAUUGAGUAUUACUACAUGUGGAAGACGACGGACCGAUACGUGCAGCAGAAACGGCUGAAGGCAGCGGAGGCUGAGAGCAAACUGAAGCAAGUGUACAUCCCUACCUACAACAAGCCCAACCCCAACCAGAUCUCCGUCAGUAAUGGCAAGAUGAGCGCGGUGAACGGUGCUGCCGGACUGCCGGGGCACCAGGCGACCAGCGGAGGGCGAGCUUGCGAGAGCUGCUACUCCAUGCAGUCGGCGCAGUGGUACUCGUGGGGCCCCCCCAACAUGCAGUGCCGGCUCUGCGUAUCCUGUUGGAUGUACUGGAAGAAGUACGGGGGGCUGAAGAUGCCCAGCCGAGCAGAUGGAGAGGAGAAGGCCCCGUCCAGCCCCUCCCCCAAUGAGCCCCGGUCCCGUGCUCACGGCCCCCGCCAGUCGGCUCACCUGGCCCCCAUGCGCAACACGGGCAGCCCCAAGUCCUCGGUGAAGACCAAGCAGGCCUUCCUGCUGCAGGCCACACGGCUCACCAAGUUGGCGCGUCACAUGUGCCGUGACAUCAUCAGGCUGCGCCGGGCCGCACGCCGCCCCUUUGUGCCCAUUAACUGUGGCGCCAUAAAGGCGGAGUACAUGUCGCGGGCCUCUCAGGGACUGGGGGCACCGCCAGCGCAGCUGCGGAGCGUGCAGAGGAGCAGCCUCAGCAGCGUGCUGCGCUUCUUGGAGUCCCGCCCUGCCCCCAACAUGACCCGGGCUCCCCGCACUCCUGGCCUCCAGGUCCCGCCCCCCCGGCGUCUGCUCUCCUCACUGCCUAGCCAUGGGCCGCUAGGCAUGCUGGGAAAGCGCGGAUACCACCACCAUAGCAGGCUGGAGAGCAGUGCAGAGAGGAGGGCAGCUGCGGGCCAAGAGAACUCGAGUCACACAGUGGGAAGCCUGUUGCACAACGGAAGCAGCAGCGGCAACGUGUUACGUAAGCGUCGGCCCAACUGGAUCGACGCCCCUGACGACAGCUUCUUCCUCGUGUCCUGGGAGACCAGGAAGGCCCGGAAGCUGCUCUCUCGCUCCCAGCUAAGACGCGCCUGCAGGCAGCCGUGUGAGCAGAUCUCCCUGCGAAGGGUGCCCCCUGCUCCACACCAGCCCCCCCCACACCUCAGCCUGAGGAACCGGGGCCCCAUCGUCAUUCAUGACUGACCCCCCCCCCCACCCCCCUGGCCCUGUGCACCGGCGACGGAAUCCGAUGACCACCCCCAAAGAUGUCCCGCACCCAUGAUGUCGUCGGUGCAAAAGCAAACUGCAUACUCCGCAGUCCCCAGCAAGACGUUAUCAGACAAACAGCGCCAUCUGGUGUUGGAGGGCAGGCAUGACAGCUCUGAGGUGCCCAUUAUAACUGCAGUUUCUUCCCCGUUUUAGAAAGACUCUAGGGGCUCGGUUUGUGCGCUGCUUUUUUGACGUCUUCAACCAACAUUGUCACACACACUGACAUACACAAGCAAGAUCACAAUGUAUAUUUAAGGGUUUUUACAUUUGCUUUUUCUCAACUUCUUGUAUUUUGUGUUUUGUCAGAAAUGGAUGAAAGGAGCACUGUUUCCGCGGUUGGUCAGUAAAGGGUCCUUCCCCUGUAGAUGUGGUGUUAAAGGGCAGCGGGUCUCCCCCUCGCUGGCGUCUCGCUUCGCGGUCAUUUUCCCGGCAGAGCUGCGAAUAGUUUCGUCUGUCACCUCCGGUCCCUUUCUGACGCCGUUCUGGCCAUCACCAGGGGACCAGUACACAGCCAGGCAUAUCUACGCAGGUAUGCAGUGCAGUGCUGAAGCUAGAAACCUCCGUUAAACGAAUCGUUCGGUUACGCAGCGCUAAUGAACUCUGAGAGAUCGCAGCUUUUCCGUGCGUCUCCGGGGCUUCCUUUAUUGUACUGAUCCAUCCUACACCCCCGUAUUUAUGUUGUGUUUUCCUGUGCAACACGUUUGAUGUGUAAUAUUCCCCAAUAAAACAUGCUGUGAGCUGUACGUUUG